CUGAUCAGGUGUAUGGAGACCAGGACAUGCAUGAAGUGGUGCGGAAACACUGUAUGGACUACCUGAUGAAGAACGCAGAUUAUUUCUCCAACUACGUGACAGAGGACUUCACCACAUACAUCAACAGGAAGAGGAAAAACAACUGCCAUGGCAACCACAUCGAGAUGCAGGCCAUGGCGGAGAUGUACAACAGGCCAGUGGAGGUUUACCAGUACAGCACAGAACCAAUCAACACGUUCCACGGCAUCCAUCAGAACCACGACGAACCAAUCAGAGUGAGCUACCACCGCAACAUCCACUACAACUCCGUGGUUAAUCCCAACAAGGCCACGAUCGGGGUCGGACUGGGACUGCCCGCCUUCAAACCUGGGUAUGCGGACCAGUCUCUUAUGAAGUCGGCCAUCAAGACGUCAGAGGAGUCGUGGAUCGAGCAGCAGAUGCUGGAGGACAAAAAGAGGGCGACGGACUGGGAGGCCACCAACGAGGCCAUUGAGGAGCAGGUGGCCCGGGAGUCUUACCUGCAGUGGCUGCGGGACCAGGAGAAACAGGCCAGACAGCCUCGUAAGGCCAGUGCCACCUGCAGCUCAGCAACAGCGGCAGCUUCCAGCGGGCUAGACGACUGGAGCGCUCGGUCACCACGGCAACGUGACUCAGACCCCUCCCACUCUGACCUCACAACUCCCCCAUCAACCAACAACAAGCCCCCUUCCCCUGCAGGAGCUGCCCUCAUCCUGAGCAAACCCCCCUCCCCCUGCGCCCCAGGUCCCAGUAAUCAGAGUCGUCACCAUUUGGAGUACAGAGCCAUCAUGCAGGAGAUGUCACCUACAGCGUUUGGCCUGACAGACUGGGAGGACGACGAGAUCCUGGCGUCGGUGCUGGCGGUCUCUCAGCAGGAGUACCUGGACAAAAUCAAGCACCAGAGCGCCGCCAUGCAUCGAGAGAGAGAGCCGUCACCCGACAGCAGCUGAUAACUGGCCCAAUACGCACAAAACAAACAAAAAAAAACGCGCACACACAACAACAAUGACCCUUCAACCCCAGCAUCCCAACCCCACCAUUACUCUCCUGCCCCUCCCCCACUUCACCUCUGACCCACUGAAGGAGCUCCACCAGGGAAAAAAUAAAACAUCCAACAAUGAUGCACUUUUUUUUUUUUUUUGGUUCCUCAUCGGCUCAUAUCUCUCUGUUUCCACUCCGUCGACUCUCUUCCCUGCUUCCCAUCUAAUUUCCUCUUCCUUGCCUCUUUUUUUUUUUUUCUGUCUUUUCGUUUCCUGGUUACCACUCGGACGGAGCUCGGUCUUAACGCUGACUCGGCGUCAGCUGUAAUUUGUACUUUUUGACAUUUAAACAUCGUUCUGGGCAGCUUUGAAUUUUAAUCCUCGUGUUUAGGGAUGUACUGAAAUAUUGGCGGGAGAUCUGCGUCGCCUGCUGCCGACCUUACUGACUGCCGUUUGACGGCGUUCAGCAACGACGGCGGCAGACGUUUGCGCAUUUGUUUCACUUCAGUUUCGUCCGGGCUAAAUGUAUAAAAAGUAGUGAUAUGAAGAGCUGAAAUACUUUAAGUUUUGAUUCAGUGAGUUUUUUGUUGUUUUUAUACAAUGAAGGUUCCUUUGCAUAAAUAAAAUAAAAUAAUUAAUAAAAAACUUAAAUAAACAAACAUUGAUAUCAGUAUCAGCUGUAGGACAAAUUGUACUUGUAAACAUUGGCCCAGAAUUUUGCAAUCGGUACAUUUCUACUCUUUGAAAUCAGGCCGUUAGCUCUGCAGCUAACAUCAUCAUUGGUUUGAAUGAAGAACGCUAAUCAGAAGUGGGGG